GUUUUGCCUCAUGAUCGUGUCCGCGAAUCCACACUGCAGGGAUUUUGGAAUUGGAGGCUACUGCGAUUAAAAAAGAGGAGGAAGAGAUUUUCGACGCUGUGAGUGAGUGGAAGCUCCAGCCAGCGCGAUCCACCAAGUACACGAUCAUAUCCACCAAGACUAAACAAAAAAAGAAGAAAUCGAAGCUCUUGCACCUAGCUAGCAGCUCUCGGCUAUGGCGUCCAGUGCGAUCUUUCCCCUUUUCCAUUCUCUUUUGCUCCUUUUGUGUGAAAGGAAUAUGGCUGUUUGAGCGAAUCUUGCCAUUCCCAGCUGAGGGGAAGACCUCUGUUUUUGGGGGCGAAUCUUUCCUCCCCCAUUCCUCGAUUUUUGGUGCCAGGCUCUCUCGCUUUUGUUGCGUAGCAAACGUUCCAAGUUUUUGGAAAAUCUGGAGAAGCGCCCAGUGAAAAGACGAGAAAUGGAAGGCUUGAGUGAAGAGCUACGCAGUAACCGAGAGAGGAGCUCUGGCAGCUGCUUCGAUCCGGGCGGAUCGGCCCGAAUCGCGCUCUUGGGUCGCGUCGGAUCGGCGUCGCCCCACAUUGGGUCCCCGAGAAUCGAUCCAAAAUCCUAGCUUGAGCGCUAGUCCGAGGAGCCCACUUCGCCGAUUUGAUCGAUCUUAUGAGGUAUAGGCUAGGCCGUUGUUCUUAGUUCUUUCUUUCUGCCCUUUUUCUUUCCCUCCCCACUUUGUGGCUCGAUAGCGAGCGACCUCUUUCGUGCUACUGGAUCGAUCCUCCUCACAGUGUACUUGUCACAAAACCACUUCCUCUCUUUCUUCUUUUUCUUUGUUUUUCGCCUGGCCUUGCCUACAUUGUCUCCUCCUUCCACCAUCUUCUCUCUUUGCUCGAAAACGAUCACGCUUCCAAGAGACAUCGAUUUGGACAGGAAGAUUCGGAGCCAGGAAUUCGAUCGAAAGGAGCAAAGUGUGGCUAUGGAGGAGGAUUCUCCGUAAAAGGUGGCUACUCGACGCAGAGAGCUUUCGCGAUCCAAUGAAAGGUAUGGCUUUUCUCCGGAGACGUCUGGAAGGAUGGAAGCGAGGAGUGAAAACGCUGUUCUUCAUGACAAGCAUGGUCGGAUCGCUGCUGCUACAUUCCUCCACUCCACUGCUGCUGGCGCUGCUCGACGUAGGGAUCCCGUGCGUGAUCCUCUCCACGCUCGACUUGGAGAAGCGAUCAUCCUUUGGAUCCUACGAUUUUCGCUCGUCGCUCCUCGACAUUUUGAUCGUUUCCAUUGCCAGAUCCUUCGCUAUAAUCUCCGCGUACGCUCUUGGAGGAGUGCGAUGCGAGGCCUACUUCAUGAUCGCCGCGCUGCUGGGACUGAGCUCGGCAGCGCUUGUGGCUGUCAAGGCGUGCCUCUUUUUCGCCGUGUUCUCAUCAUCGUCUUCCACACCAAGAAGAACACCACCAGCAGGAUCACUCUGGAGCAGCACUACUAGCAGCGCUAGAUUUGGAGUGGUGAUGCUCUUCGCUUCAUCAUUCGCGUGUGCCUUGGGGCAUGGAGUUUCAGCAUACAGGACAAGCUGCCAGGCAAAGAAAAAAUCAUUUCCCCAGGGAGAUGAAGAAUCUAAUUUCUUUUGUAAAUAUAUCGUCAAGCUCAGGCGCGGCAAGCGCUUUCGAUCCACGGCGAUCUUCCAAAAGCUCGGGAAGAGCGACGAGGAUGACGAGCAGUCGCCGCUGCUCGUUAACAGCAAGUUCAUGCUCUGCAAAGGCUUGCACUUGCACUUCAGACUUUGCGAGGGAUGGCCGAGAGACCAGAGAAGUUUUCGAUCGAAAUCGCUGUCGAGGAGUGCAAGCUUACCAUUUCCAGGAUCAAAGCCACUGUUUCUAAGCUCUUCGUUGAGCCUGCCGUCCAAAGUUUCUGGAUGGUGUGAUCGAGGAGGAGAAGAACAUAUUGUGGACAUUGAUCCGGGAGAUUCGAGCUCCAAAGGAAUAGUUUUGGUGCAUGGUUUUGGAGGUGGUGUCUUCUCGUGGAGGCAUGUAAUGGCUCCGCUAGCUCGACAAACCGGCCACAGUGUUGCUGCGUUUGAUCGGCCUGGCUGGGGACUGACGAGCCGGCCGGGCAAAAAUGGUGGCCGUGACAAAGAUGGUCUUCCCAAUCCUUACGAGCUCCAGUCACAAGUGGAUUUGCUGCUGAGCUUUUGCCAGCAACUAAAAUUCUCAUCGGUCGUGCUCGUUGGUCACGACGACGGUGGAUUGCUCGCUCUUAUGGCAGCUGCCAAGAUCUUGAAAUCUCCAAGCUCAACGCGGGUGGUGAUCAAAGGUGUGGUUUUGAUCGCGGUGAGCUCCUCCAGAGAGGUGAUAUCGCCAUUUGCUCGAGUUUUGCUCCACACUUCUUUGGGACGGCACAUACUCCGGCCAUUGCUGUGCUCGGAGAUGGCGAGUCGCCAUGCCUGGCACGAUGCUUCCAAGCUUACCUCCGAAGUGAUGGAACUUUACAAGGUACCCCUCCGUGUCGAGGGAUGGGAUCGCCAAGCACUGGAAUCGCAAAAGUUCUCAUCCAGCAGCGAGCAAGUCACUCCCGAGCUCCUUCGUGCCGUGCAAAACCUCCCGGCUUUGCUGGUGGCCGGGAUGCAAGACAUGCUCGUCCCUCUCCAAGCCGUCCAAGAUCUCGCGUCCCGGCUCUCCAAAUCGAAAUUCAUCGCGCUUCCUCGCUGCGGCCACCUCCCGCCGGAAGAAUGCCCUGGAGCCCUGCUCGCGGGGCUGGUCCCCUUCAUCGCGGAGCAUCUCGGCCGUCCAUCCGUGUAAUUUAAAAUUUUAAAAAGCUUGAAUUUCCCGCCCUAGUCUAGGCUUUAAAA